UGCUCGUUCCUGUCCGAGCGGGCCCGGCACUGCGCGGAGGCUCCGCCGACGCCAUGUUCCGCCGUAAGCUCUCGGCUCUCGACUACCAUAACCCGGCUGGCUUCAACUGCAGGGAUGAAACAGAAUUCAGGAAUUUUAUUGUCUGGCUGGAAGACCAGAAAAUCAGACACUACAAGAUUGAGGACAGAGGGAAUUUACGGAACAUACACAGUGAUGACUGGCCCAAGUCUUUUGAAAAGUACAUGAAAGAUGUGAACUGCCCUUUCAAAAUCCACGAGCGGCAAGAGACUGUGGACUGGCUUCUUGGCUUAGCAGUUAGGCUGGAGUAUGGAGAUAAUGCUGAUAAGUAUAAGGAUUCUACCCCUGAUGGUGCUAAAAAUACUGACAACACAGCAAAAAGUGCAGAACCACUGAUUAAUUUGGAUGUGAAUAACCCUGAUUUCAAGGCUGGAGUGAUGGCUUUAGCUAAUCUGCUUCAGAUUCAGCGACAUGAUGAUUACCUGGUAAUGCUGAAGGCCAUUCGCAUUUUGGUCCAGGAGCGCCUGACGCAGGACGCCAUCGCCAAGGCCGGGCAGGCCAAGGAGGGCUUGCCUGUCGCUCUAGAGAAGCACAUCCUUGGUUUCGACACGGGAGAUGCUGUGCUCAACGAAGCCGCCCAAAUUCUCCGCCUGCUGCACAUAGAGGAGCUCCGAGAGCUGCAAACAAAAAUCAACGAGGCCAUCGUGGCGGUUCAGGCAAUUAUUGCCGAUCCCAAGACUGACCACAGACUGGGGAAAGUUGGGAGAUGAGCAGAUGAAAGCUUUUAGUUUCUUUGUGUCCCUUAAGUCCCCUUAGGAGCCAGCUCCAGCUCCGGCAUGCAGUUUGAAAUGGUAUCAGUUUACUGUUCCGAAAGCAAACAGGAAAUGGAAUUCUGACUUCUGAUGGCUGAUUCUUUUCUUUUGUUCUUUAAAUAAAUGAAGCUGGGGGAGAACAGACAAAUUGUUCUGAUGAGCUCCAGGCUGGCAGAUCUCCUUCA